GUAGAUAGCAAACAGAGCAAAUGUGAGGAGAGGGCGGCUGUUGUGCGGGUAAAUAUGGGACGGAAGACGGCCAAAUGAAGGUGAAGGUGAUGAUUCACCGGCAGGUGAUACUGACCCAGAACUUGUACCAGAACAGGUUUCUUGGGCUUGCAGCAAUGGCCUCUCCAUCUCGUUCAUCUCAGGGCAGGCGACGAUGUAAAGACCCCAUUCGGCACAGUUUUAAUCCUGAACAGUUCCCCAAUGUGGACUUCCAGAACGGCGCACCUGAGGAGCUGGCUGCAACUGUUCUGCGCUCCACCAGCGACACUGACCUCAUGACCUCACAUUGCCGCUCCACCCUCACUGUCAGCACCUCCAGCUACACUAUCGGUCAGACGCAAGACAUCACACUGAGCUGGGACAUCAAGGAGGAGGUGGAUGCGGGAGAUUGGAUUGGCAUGUACCUCAUUGAUGAGGUUCUGUCAGAAAACUUCCUGGACUACAAAAACAGAGGCGUGAACGGCUCCCACAAAGGCCAGAUCAUCUGGAAGAUCGAGGCCAGCUGCUACUUUGUGGAACUGGAGACUAAGAUCUGUUUUAAAUAUUAUCAUGGAGUGAGCGGAGCCCUGCGAGCCACCACCCCAUGCGUUACAGUAAAGAACCCAUCUGCACAGGUGUUUAAGCAGGUGACCACAGAUGACGUACCUCUGAGCCAAGGCAGCAGAAGACUCAUCAGCUUCUCUCUGUCGGAUUUCCAGGCCACAGGGCUGAAGAAAGGCAUGUUCUUCAACCCUGACCCGUACUUGAAGAUCGCCAUCCACCCUGGCAAGCACAGCAUCUUCCCUGCCCUGCCUCACCACGGCCAGGAGAAGAGAUCAGGCAUCAUCUGCAAUACGAUUAAUCCCUUUUGGCAGAGGGAGCGCUUUCAUUUUGUGUCUCUGCCCACGGAUGUGUUAGAAAUCGAGGUGAAGGACAAGUUUGCCAAAAGCCGCCCCAUUAUAAAGCGUUUUCUUGGCAAGCUGUCCAUGCCAGUGCAAAGAUUAUUGGAGAAGCAUGCCAUCGGGGACCGAGUGGUCAGCUACGUGCUGGGACGGAGGCUUCCAACAGAGCAUGUCAGUGGUCAGCUGCAGUUCAGGUUUGAGAUCACCUCUUCCAUCCACCCAGACGAUGAGGACAUGUCUCUUAGCACAGAACAGCCAGUGGCGGCCGCGGAAGCUCAAGGCCAACCUCAGGCCGAAGACACCAUGAGCUUGGACCAGGGUGCCCCAGAGCUUCCUCUGGAUGGAGACACAGCCUCUGUAGAGAUGAUGGACGUUGACUCUGGUCCCAGCUGUGCUGCUGAGGCAGAGACUGUAGAGGCAGAGACUUUAGAGGCAGAGCAGCAGAUGCAUCCAGAAAUGCAGGAGCAACAGGAGGAGAUGGCCGAGAGCCAUGAUGCUGCGGAAGAACAAGAAGCUUCAGAACAAUUGGAGGAGGUUGAGACAAAUGUAGAGGCAGAAGAGAGCAACCAAGAGGAGGCAGAGACUCCUAGUGCCUUUGCUGAAGGGCCUGUAGACCCAUCAGAAACUCUUGCUGUUGUGGAAGAGGAGGAAGCCUCGGACCCUCAAUCGGUCCCAGAAGAAGCAGAGGUGGAUCUAGUGGAAGGCUGUUCACUAAGAAUCAGAACCACACCACGACGAAAGCCACGGCCGUGCUCUCUUCCAGUUUCAGAACUUGAAACGGUUAUUGCGUCUGCCUGCGGAGAACCAGAGACUCCGCGCUCCCAUUACAUCCGAAUCCACCACCUGCUGCAUAGCCUACCGUCUACCCAGCCCGAACCAGGAAACCAAGGGGAUGCGGCUGGGCCUAAACCUGACCGACCACAGGGAGUGGAGGAGGAAAAGGAAGAUGAUGAAGAGGGUGCAACUCUAGAGCUUGACACUUUAACUCCCAGUUGCCCACGCAGAACACUGCCUCGCAGUCGCUCGCACGAACGCCUGUCUGAUCUCAUUCAGAUGCUCGUUGGAGACGAGCAGCCGUUUGGGGCUGAGGGUCAGGUUAGAGGUCAAAGGUCUCCGGUGGAAAGUGAGUGUGACUUGAGCCCAGUUCCCUGUUGUAGUCAUAUGGUACAGAGGACCGUGGUCCCAAUGCGGGCACCAUCUCUAGAUAGUGCCCGUAGGUCAGAGAGCAUAGUGUUUUCCUCACAGGAUGAUGAGGAUGAGAUGGACAGGGUGAACGGGAUUCUGGGAUUGGAGGCGGGGUCGGGACAAGGUGCUAAGAGCCGGGAGCCAGGGGACGGAAGCUUUCAGUGGGAGGAGGCACCAGACAGUCACGUCCAAAGCCCACACAGCAUUAUGGGUAUUGGAGAAUCACCUGGAACUGGACCAAGCAGCAAAAGAGAGUGUCCUUUGCCUUGUAAUCAUCCUGCAGUCAGCCAGCUGCCCACUCUUCGGCCAGAUCCUCAUCACUACCCCACCAUAGAUGAGCCACUGCCUCCGAAUUGGGAGGCCCGUAUUGACAGUCAUGGUCGUGUGUUCUACGUGGAUCACAUUAACCGGACCACCACUUGGCAACGGCCCACGUCUGCAGCCACACCGGAUGGCCUGCGCAGGUCUGGUUCCGUCCAGCAGAUGGAGCAGCUCAACAGGAGGUAUCAGACCAUUCAGAGGACGAUGGCCACAGAGGGGAGAGAUGAAGAGUCAGGCAGCCCUCGAAACGAAAGGACAGCCAACACUGAGACGGACUCACCACCACAGACAAAUGAAUUAAGAAGAGACACUCCGUGUUCUCCUGGUCACUGUCAAAAGAUUACGUUUCUUCUGCAGAGUCCAGCGGUCAAAUUCAUCACUCACCCAGAGUUCUUCACUGUGCUCCAUGCUAAUUACGGGGCGUAUCGUAUGUUCACCAACAGCUCGUGUCUGAAACACAUGAUCCUAAAGAUCAGGCGUGAUGCUCGCAACUUUGAGCGCUACCAGCACAACCGUGACCUGGUGACCUUCUUGAAUCGGUUUGCUGAUGCUCAAGUGGAGCUGCCGCGGGGCUGGGAGAUCAAAACGGACCCACAGGGGAAGUCGUUCUUUGUAGAUCAUAACAGUCGUGCCACAACCUUCAUUGAUCCCAGGAUCCCCUUGCAAAACGGCAGACUGCCCAACCACCUGACACACCGGCAGCACCUGCAGAGAUUACGCAGCUACAGCGCAGGAGAGGCAUCAGAUGUGUCGCGCACCCGCGGAGUGUCUUUAUUAGCCAGACCAGGAAAUAGUCUGGUAGCAGCCAUACGGAACCAAAGCCAGCAGGAGCCAGUGCCAUUAGCAUACAAUGAAAAGAUUGUAGUGUUUCUACGGCAACCCAGCAUCUUUGAGGUGCUACAACAGCGACAGCCGAGCUUGGCGAGGAACCACUCACUCAAGGAAAAGGUGCUCCAUAUCCGAACCGAAGGCACACAGAGACUGGAGAAGCUGUCGUGUGAUGCUGACCUGGUCAUGCUGUUAAGUUUGUUUGAGGAGGAGAUCAUGUCAUAUGUUCCUCUUGCAUCAUUUCACCCUGGGUUCAACUUCUCGCCGCGCUGCUCGCCUGGUUCCUCUCCCCAGAAUUCUCCAGGAACACAGAGAGCUCGGGCACCAGCUCCCUACCGCAGAGACUUCGAAGCCAAACUUCGCAACUUCUACAGGAAACUUGAGGCAAAGGGCUACGGGCAAGGCCCAGGGAAGAUCAAACUGAUUGUCAGAAGAGAUCAUCUGUUAGAAGGGACAUUUAACCAGGUCAUGAUGUAUUCGCGUAAAGAGCUCCAGAGAAACAAGCUGUACAUCACCUUUGUUGGAGAGGAAGGACUGGACUACAGUGGACCUUCGCGAGAGUUUUUCUUCCUGCUUUCUCAGGAGCUGUUUAACCCUUACUAUGGCCUGUUUGAAUACUCCGCUAAUGACACUUACACUGUACAGAUUAGCCCCAUGUCUGCAUUUGUCGAGAACCAUUUGGAAUGGUUCCGUUUCAGUGGUCGAAUUCUUGGCCUGGCAUUGAUUCAUCAGUAUUUGUUGGACGCCUUCUUCACCCGCCCAUUUUAUAAAGCUCUCCUCAAGCUAGCCACAGAUCUGAGUGAUCUUGAGUACCUAGAUGAGGAGUUCCACCAGAGCUUACAGUGGAUGAAGGAAAAUGACAUCACAGAUGUGUUGGAUCUCACCUUCACUGUCAAUGAAGAAGUGUUUGGCCAGGUCACGGAGCGAGAGCUGAAGUCUGGCGGGACAAACUUGCAGGUGACAGAGAAGAACAAGAAGGAGUAUAUUGAGCGGAUGGUGAAAUGGAGGGUGGAGAGAGGUGUGGUGCAGCAGACACAAGCUCUGGUCCGAGGAUUUUAUGAGGUAGUAGACUCUCGUCUGGUGUCGGUGUUUGAUGCCAGAGAGCUGGAGUUGGUUAUUGCUGGAACAGCAGAGAUCGAUUUGAACGACUGGAGAAACAACACAGAGUACAGAGGAGGUUAUCAUGAUGGGCACAUCGUCAUCCGUUGGUUCUGGGGUGCAGUAGAGCGCUUCAAUAAUGAGCAGAGACUGCGUCUGCUGCAGUUUGUGACGGGCACCUCCAGCGUGCCAUACGAGGGCUUCACCGUCCUGCGCGGGAGUAACGGCCUGCGACGUUUCUGCAUUGAGAAAUGGGGCAAGAUCACGUCUCUCCCGAGGGCGCACACAUGCUUUAAUCGUCUGGAUCUUCCUCCGUAUCCGUCCUACACUAUGUUGUACGAGAAACUGCUAAUUGCUGUGGAAGAGACCAGCACUUUUGGCCUUGAAUGAGGACUUCACAUAAAACAUUUCUUCUUCUGGCAUACACUGUAUGUAACUAUCCACUAGCGUGGACAGUGUUCUUUGCUCGUUUCAUUCAUUCCUUCAGGACACCUCUGCAUGCAUAACUCACCUGCAAAGGUGUACAGUGUGUAACGGGUUUGUACAAAUGAAGCUGUAUAUGCAAGUAUAUGCAAUAGUGAAAGAGAAGCCUUCAACCUGUUUUAACACUCAGGGCCUCGACCUCCACUGGAGUCUCUUCUCAGUUCGCACACAAUCAUUCCAUCGCCGAACGUCACGGAUUCACUCACGGCCAGCUGCGUUUUCUGUUGUUGCAGUUUUACAAUGAUGAAAAUUGUAAAGUUAUGGGGAUAGCUCACCCAAAAAUGUAAAUUAUGUCAUCAUUUACUUACCCUUUUGUCAUUCCAAACCUGUAUAACUAUUUUUUCUUUUGUGGAAUUUAAAUGGAGGCGUUUGGCGGAAUGACGACCUCAUUAUUCACUUUUUUUGUAUGAAAUUUUUUUUGUAACAAAAGUGAAUAGAGACGUUUGUGUUCUACUGAAGAAGGAAAAAAAAGUCACACUGGUUUGGAACAACAUGAGGGUGAGUAAAUGAUGACAAUUUCUAUUUCUGGGUGAACUAUUCCUUUAAUACCAAGUAAGUGCACUGAACAUAUUUGCUUGAGCAAGCAGGUGGCGUAAUUAUAUAAUAUAUAAUAAUUAUAUAAUAGUGAUAAGUUUGCGAUAUCUCACCGAACACCACUAUGAAAACUGAGGACUGCAUCAUCACAGAAAAUGAUAUCACAAAAUCAUGUCACUUUGCAGGAGUCAAAGGAGGAUUGUGAUGGAAGGACUGGCAAGCAUUGAUGUAACACUUUAUAUAUCAUGUAAUAAUUAAUGGAUUCUAGUAUUGAACCACAAUUAGCGUAAUUAUAAAAAUUCCUUUGAAAGCAUUAAAAACAUGGAAUGGAAACUUUCAGCUUAACAGGGAUGUUCAUGGCUUCAUGCUGUUUCAUGUGUUAUGAUGUUUGAAUGAAUAUGGUUGUUUUUCACGAAUGGAUCUUUUCUACUUUUAGAUCUCUUCAGAAGCAGUGUCCCAUGUCCAAACCUGCCACAAUGGUAGGACAGUUAAAGUUUUCAUUUAAAACAAAAUCACAGCCAAUAAGGACAUAUUUGAUGUUUAAUAUACUUAAAGCUGAGUAUAGAAAGACAAAAUGUCACUUGUCGCAAUUGUGAAAUAGGAAGGGAUCGCAUUUAUUGCUUCUCGAUUAGUCACAUUACACGUUGUUAGAACACAGCGUAAAGGGAUGUUCACGCUAACAGAGAUUUGCAGCAUCAAAGCGACCGGAAGUCAGUCAUUUUCAGUAGGAGUUGGUGAUUAAAGUGACGAAUGAAAAUGACCAUUGCCAAUGCGACGUUGGCGUGUCACGACAAAAUUAAAGGAAUAUUGUAGGUUCAAUGCAAGUUGAGCUCAAUCGACAGCAUUUGUGGCAUAAUAUUGAUUUACGCAAAAAUGAAUUUUGACUUGCCUCUCGUUUUCUUUUAAAAAUAAAAGUACAAAUCUGGGUUACAUUGGGGCAAUGGGGCAAUUUUUGAACAUUAAAAUGCUCACUUUUUCAAAAGUAUAGCCACAAGACAAACAAUAUGUGUGUUAACAUGAUUUUAGUGUGAUAAAAUCAAUAACAAACCUUUUACGUGUAAAGUUAUACCCAAUUUUACAACUUCGUUACCAUGACGAUGUAAUGUCAACAAAUCCUAAAACGACUGUAAAUAUUAUUCGAUUUUUUUUUUUUUACAAGUUUUAACAGAAGAAUUAAUGUAAGUGCUUUUAUAAAAUUAUAAGCUUCACGUUUCUGCUUUUAAACCCUCCAAAAAUUGGCCCCAUUCACUUCCAUUGUAAGUGCCUCACUGUAACCUUGAUUUUUUUUCUUUUUUUGAAGAAAAGGAGGAACGAGUCAACUUAAAUUCUUUUAAGAUUUUCAAAACAUCAACCAGCUAUAGGAAAAGUUGUUGCUCUUCUGGCCCGAACUGGCAGCUCUUAUUGGAAAAUUUAUGAAUUCCGAUCAUUGCAAGUUGUUGUCCGUGUGAACGCGCCACAAGAGUUACUUCAAAAUUCUUGAUGCCAUAAUAUGCACUUGUUUCCCCAAUGUAUAUAAAAUGUGUUUUGUUUGUUUUUAUAUUUUGCUUUUAUAGAUAUAUAUAAUAUAGGGGAUAUAUAUAUAUAUAUAUAUAUAUAUAUAUAUAUAUAUAUAAAUGGCAGACCCGAAGAAAUUGUGCACACAUUUCUCAUUCUUCCAAGUGUUUCAUCUGUGUUUGUUAUGAUAAGAGAAAGUACAGUGAGAUGUUAUGGCAAAGUUCAAAUUAGUUUAUUUAUUCAAAAAGAAAAUUGCCUCAACUUUUUCUGAAAUGUCAGUGUGGUAAAUGUGUGGGUUUAUUGUCGUGCAGAAGUUUUGAUUAUCGUUCAUGUUUACAUUUUCAGAUGACGCAAAUGUGUGUAUUAUACACAAGUCUUAUCGUGAUGCCAUUUUAAAUGUUCAUGAGUUUUUGUGAACUAUCAAACCCACACUUGGAGGGCAGAACUAAAUCUUUUAUCUUGAUCUUCUAGUAUUGUCUGAAAUGCAUAGUUCACCCAACAAUGGAAAUUGCCCCCAUUUAGUCACCCUUUUUUUGUUCCUAAUGUGACAUGCUAGUUUGAAUUUGUGGAAGUGUGAAUGGCAUUUGAGAGCUAAGGAGAAGGGGAAGAUUUUCAGUGAUUGACAUAUCACACAAAGCUAACAAACGGCUCCAGAAGACUUGGAAUAUAGCGCACAGGUUGUAUAGAGUACGUUUAUGGUGCUUUUUUGUCCUUUUUGGAGCUUGAUGGCAUCUGUUCCCAUUCACUUUCAUUGUUUUGAAAAGAACAACUAUAAAAUUCUACUCCUGUGUUCCACAGAAGGCAGUAAGUUAUAUGGGUUUGGAGCAGCGUGACGGUGAGUACAUUAUGACAGAAUUAUAGCUUUUGGGUGAACUUUUCCUUAAAUGUGGUGAUGAAAGAAACCACGGUUUCUGAAUAUCUCAGAAAUGUAAUAUUGCUAAAAUUUGGUCUACUCUGCUUAAGAUAUUAGGAAUGCAGAGAAAAUGCAUUUGUAUUGCAGUACCUAUCCCAAUUUAGAAAUGAUAAAAUGUAUGUAUAUGAAAUGUGUACAGAUUAUCUAUGUAAGAUCUACAUUUAAAAAUGUGAUGCAUCAGUUCAACAACAAAUAUUUCCUCUUUUUGUAACAUGUCUUCAUUCUACUAUUCACAUCAUCAUAGUUCAAAAAUGUGUUUAUGAAAUGUAUAUUACGAUGCUUAAUUGGUUGGAAUUCUAAGAAAUGUAAGAAAAAAAAUUAUAUUUAUUUAUUUAUUUUUAUCAAAAACUACUCGCAGCACUCUGGGAAAGUGACAGAAAUUAAGAGAUGGUUCUGGAAUAUUACUGCCUAUUUAAAAACAUCAAAAUGUGCUUUAAAAACAUUCUGGGAAAUGCAGAAAGAUUUGGCUCUUGCUUCCACGUCAGACACGCACACUAGCCUGUCUUUUUACACUUUAAUCGAUCUCUUUGAAUGAAAAUAUGGGGGAAAUGUACAAAUGUGUUCACUCAUAGCGCCCCCCUCAGGCUGAGCUCUGUAUCUGCAGCAUCACACUGUUAACGAAUGUCAAUAAACAACCACUUUCU